CCUUGACAUGUGAUACAGCACAUUUUACAUUCUGAUUUGGAUUGUGUGUUAGUAAUAUAUUAUUAUCAGUCCGUUUUUUUGUUUUGUUUUAAUCAAUAAGGACUUGAGGCCUGGGUGCUAAGCGAAGAUGAAUCUCGCCUUUACUGUGCUGUGCUGGAGUUUGGGAGUGUUAAUCAAUAAUGCAGCUGCUGGGAGUGACUGGUGCUACACAGGUUGCGAUCACACGCCAAACCACUGGCAUGAACUCCCUGACUCUUCCUGCGGGGGUCAAAGGCAAUCGCCUGUAAAUAUAUUGACCAGCCAGGUGGAGAAGAAUGAAUACCUGCACAACUUCACUUUUGUCAACUUCACAUCCCAGGGUGCCUUCAAGUCCGUCAUAAACACUGGACAUACAGCCAAACUCCUCAUAAAAGACAAUGAAGUUGAGAUUAGUGGCGGUGGACUCAAUCAUACGUACUCCACAAUCCAGCUCCAUUUCCACUGGGGCGACACCCAACACCACCCCGGGUCGGAGCACACCAUCGACGGACACAGAUACCCGAUGGAGAUGCACAUUGUGAGUCUGAUGAAAGGCCUCUCUGUGGAGCAGGCCCUCCAAAAUCCAAGGGGGAUCGCUGUUCUUGGCUUCUUCAUAAAUGCCACUGAAGAUGAAAAUCUGUCAGGUCCUUGGAGCAACCUGACCUCUUAUCUCCUUAAGGACACAGACACUGAAAUCAAUGUGACACAUGCCAUCUCCAUUGAUGACCUCAUUGGCAACGUGGAUCUCUCAAAAUUCUACCGCUACAUGGGCUCACUGACCACCCCUUCCUGCAAUGAAGUGGUGGCCUGGACCGUCUUUCAUGAGCCUAUUCCUGUCAACAAAAAUCUGGUUGAACAGUUUCCCAUCAAGACGGGCCUCACCAAUGUUUAUCGUCCAGUACAAGAAAUCCACGGGCGCAAAGUGUAUUCGUCCCCCAGUGUUGUUCUUCCUCCCAGUAAUGAAUGGUGCUAUGACGAUCACUGUGAGUUCAGUCCUUCCAAGUGGAGCCUUCUGCCCGACUCGCACUGCGAUGGCGAGCGUCAGUCACCCAUCAACAUCGAGGCACAAAAGGCUGUGGAGGAUGAACACCUCGACGGCUUCAGUUUUACAAAGUUUGACGACAAACACGUCAUCAAGUACAUCACAAACACGGGCCAUACAGUCAAGUGUGUCUUGAACGAGGGGAUGGUGGAGGUGUCCGGGGGCGGCCUUGGUCACGUCUAUUCUACUCUCCAGCUCCACUUCCACUGGGGAUCCUCAUCACAGGGCGGCUCAGAGCACACAAUGGAUUCCAAAAGAUUCCACAUGGAGGUGCACAUUGUGAACAAGAGGAAGGAUUUAACCUUGGAGGAGGCGGUUAUCACCCCAAAUGGCCUGGCUGUGAUGGGAUUCUUGAUUGAGGCUGCUGUCCCCGACAGAAGUAGCAGCGCUACCGAAAGUGACGAUUCGCACGAUACCUCCGAUGACUCCGACUCUGAUUCAGCCACCGAAGCCUGGAAAAAACUUAGCGUCUACCUGGCUGCAAUACAAAGCGUCGGUUCACGGGUGGAGGUCACGAAGGAACUUUCCCUCGCCGAGCUGCUUGGCGACAUGGACUUCACCUCUUACUACCGCUACAAUGGCUCGUUGACCACUCCCUCAUGUAACGAAGCAGUGGUUUGGACGGUGUUCAAAAAGACAGUCAAAGUGGACCAGAGCCAGUUGUCGAUGUUCCCAAACUGGACGGGCUAUCACAACGUGUUUCGACCAACGCAGGCUCUUCACGGCAGGACAAUCUACACCACGGCGGGAUGCAGUGGACCGGCACCCACUGUGUUCUCUGUGCUUUUCCUCUAUUUCUGUCUUACUUUCUUGCACUAACACACCCCAGUAAUUAUUAUUAUUAUUAUUAUUAUUACCCAGCCUGCACUUUUCCUCAUUGUAGAUUAUUGCAAAACCUUAAAGGGGGCGGAUAUUAAAUACAUUGUUUCUUUGCCAGGCAUAUUAUUAAUCUAGUCGUUUCUGAGCACAACAGCAGUUAUUGCACCUAGUGUUUGUUUGCUUAAUGACUCGGUCAUAUACUAAAGUGGAGGCUUACCGGAAGGUUGUGUAUUGUAUAUAUGUGAUAAAAAAUACUUCCUCAUUGAACUUUGACCAGACUAUAUAAAUAAAGUGUAACAGCUACCAUGUUGGUAAUUGCACCAUUGUUUAGAAACUAUAGAACAUGAAGUACAGGAGUGGUCUCCAAAGUUGUUAAUACAUGCAAAUACUGUAUAUAUCUAAUCCUGUCCUGUCAUUUUACUUUAUAUAUUUCAGACAUAAUUGCUAAUGGUGAUUAAUCAUGAUUAAUUAAUGUAAAAACUGGCUGAGAUGUUGUUAUAUCUUCGCCUUUCCUAGGUUUGUCACAAUUUUGCUGUUUGUUUUUAGUCCUACAAUGCAUUGUGGGCCGUCCAACAGUAUCCUGUAAAGAUCAUUCAUUUGGCAAACUCAAAUAAGAAUCUUACACAAACUA